UCAGCUGUCUCGGCGGCUACCAGGCCAAGCGAGCCGCUCGAGCGAGAGGGGGCCCUAAAAAAGGGGCUCCGUUUGUUCCCCUUCCUCACCGGAGAGGGUGAGGAGGCGUGCUCUCGGCACGUUUUGGUAAUUGUGUGUGUUUUUUUUUCGGUCUGCGUGCUCUGUAGAGGCAAUCCGUUGGCGCCGUGAUAUCGCGCUGUAAUUUGAAGGAAGCAGCGCACACUCGGGUAAGCGGUCGUUUGUGACAGCAGCUGUCAGUGGCCGUGGCCUCCGCGAUCAGCUCCGGCGGCGCGCCGUUGCUCAGGCCGUCCCAUUCGGCGCGUAGCGCAGCAGAGAAGGUCGCCGCGAGGUGGCGACCUUAGCCCAAGGCUCAAGUGGCGCUCGCCUGGCCGGCACUGCCUGCGAUUUCAGUGGCGACAUCAACCCUGUUGGCACGUUUUCACGCAGAAGGACAGUGAAUACGAAGUCAAUUUCUUUCGACUCCUUCUUGCAGCUACAAAGAAGUCGAGGUACGUUGUUAAACAGUUACGGAUUGCUUUUGCAUGCAGCUUUAGUGGUCGUCUAAAAGCCGACUGGGGCAACCGAGGCUUUUACCACGCAACAUUUCGUCCAGGUUGCAUGCCAUCGUGUUUAAUUUUUUUUUUUUUUGCAAAAGUUGAGUUGCCGCGCUGUAUGACAAAACUCAGGUAUGCUUUUUGUGCCUUUCACUCGAUUUUUAAACUACUGGGCAGCUACUUUACAGCGAAGCUCUCUCUGGCUCGAACAACAUAAUUAAUUACGAUGAGCACUCGUGCAUUGUUUAUACGCCACCAGGAGAGUCAGAAGUUCUGAGCUCUGCUUUUUUGCUCUUGAAGCGAGAACUUUUUGCUGGGCUUUGUUUUGCUAUGUUGCAUGUGUUCCUGGUAGGUGCGAGUGGUUUCGUGUAGCUAAUGUGAUCCCGCAAUUAAAGUAUUUGCUGUGUGAUGAAAACUGCAUCGGUUCUCUGUCAUGAGCUUCGCACCACAAUUCUACCUGCUUCUGUAUUUUUCAGAUAAAUGUACUGCUGCGUACCUUUCUGCCACUGUGACAGGAAAAAAAAAAAAAACUUGGAAUAAGUUUUCACGAAUUUCCCGCGAAUGAUGAUCGCCGCCAAGCAUGGCUGAAGACCAUAUCAAGAAAAGAUUGUGUCCCAAAUGACAAGUCUGCUAGCAGUGUCGUCUGCAACCUUCACUUUUUAGAUUCGGAUUAUACUGUGGGGUCCCACAAAGCUGCGGCGCCUGAAACGGGAUGCUGUUCCGAGCGUUUUCGCGGGUUACCCAAGCUACAUGCAGCCACAACAGCCUCAAAAAAGACUUAAGUUGGAGCAAUUGACGCAGAAUUCUACUCCAAACCAAGAAAGGGCAUAAAAUUUAUCGAGCGGCCCUGAUGAAGCUGCUGGUUCAGCUUGUGGUCGCGAAAAAAGCACAGGCCAUUCGGCAACUUCUGCCUGCUCGUUUCCUGUAGCGUAUGAAGAUAGCCUGAUUCAUGCAACCUUGUUAGGAGAUGAAGAAGCAAGUCCUAAAGGUGCAGGAUAUGAGAAACCAAGUGCACAAGAUGCAGUCGGUGCAUUACAGCAGUCUAGUGAGGCAUUGAUUGCGCAACGAAACUACCGAUGACCUUCUUCUGCGCAAGCAGUCGGAUUCAAGGAAUAUAAACCGAAUGAGAGUGCAAUUGUUCAGGAAAGCAGAUGCUAUCGUGAGACUGCAGCGAGAAAACAGCCGCCUAAAAAAUAAGCUUAGUGGGUUUGAAAACCACACUCUCCACUCCGCGUUGAGAAAGUGCUUGGACAAGGUCGGCACAGCCCAGUUCUGCUUAGAAGACUGCCUAGCGGAACAGAUCGCCAAUGCGUCAAGGCAACGGCCCGUGUGAUCUCCAGACUUUCUCCGGGAAUGUGUAGUUUUUUACUAAUUGUCCCCUAAGGCAUACCGUUACAUACGCAACAGAGGACUGUUGAAAUUGCCUUCAAAAAACACGCUACUUCGCUAUGUUGGCAAAUCCAACAGUGAAAGUGGGAUCACACCAUUAAUGAAAGAACCCCUAAAGCAAGAGGUGGGGCAGCUGAAAGAGCAAGCGCGGUUUUCCUCAGUUAUUGUGGAUGAAAUGGCUAUGAGCUCCAAAUACAUCUACGAUCGUAAAAUGGACUGCUUUUUUGGUCAGCAAACUUUGAGAGAAGACGCUGGGACAGGAGAGAAUGUAAACAACAUCGUGCUUCCCGACAAGGUGCUGUGUUUCGUUGCAACAGGCCUGUCCACGUCGUACAAAAUUCCUUGCGGCUUUUUCUUCACUAACCGAUGAAGUGGCAAGCUCCUGUAUCAGCUGACAAAAGAAGUAAUCGCUGAAGUUGAAAAGUGUGGCCUCUACGUCGUCCGGAUCGUCACGGAUAACCACAAGAUUGAUGUCACAAUGAUGCGCCACCUGGGCAAUGGCUCCCUCAAGCCAGUGGUCAGUCAUCCACGUGAUCCAGAAAGAAGCCUAUUCUUGUCCUUUGACCAGUGUCAUAUUAUUAAAGAAAACGUGCGAAGCCUUCUUCUGGACAGGGAAAUGACAGAUGGCAGUCAGCCAACAACUGGAGAGUUUGUGAAGCAGCUCUAUGUCCUAAAAAAAAAAAACAGAUUGUGAAACCAGUUCGCUUCCUGACACAGAAGCACAUAGAGCCCACUAACUUUGAGAAGAUACAUGUGGGCAGAGCAGUGCAGCUGUUUUCAGAUGAAGUUAUCUCGGCGCUUUGUUUUUUGAAAGAAUACCACAGUUACCACCCUCAGGCAGAACAGUUCAGGAACGCAGACGCAACAAUAUUGUUUAUGAAGAUGAUGCAGAAGUGGUUUGCCAUAUACAAUGUGGCCAACCGAACAGCACAUGUGCAUAUGAGAAAGCCUGACCAAAUGCACUUUUUUUGCGCUACCGACGAACGCCUACAAUGGCUGGAGAAAGAGUUCCCAGACUACCUCGAAACUCUCUACAAUGCCUGAAAAGGAGCGGGAUAAAGUUUCUUAGUGCUGAAACCUACGAAGCUAUCUUGCUGACAAGCAAAUCUACGGUACUAUGCAUUAAGUACCUUCUCGAGAGCGGCUUCUUUUAUGUUUUAACAAAGAACUUAUCGAGCGACCCCGUCGAGCUCCUCUUCAGUUCUUUGCGGCAAAUGGCUGGCGGCAACGACUGUCUGGAUGCAAGAGCCGUGACAUUUAGCCUGGAGAGGAUCUUGCGGACUGGCAGCCUGUGCCCAUCCCAAGCUUCAAACAUUGAAAACGGACAGACUGUCUUGAGUAGGCAUGGUGCCUCCUUGAAUGUGACGUCCUCCGAACUUGAUGUUCCGGCUGAAGCAACAGCACAGGAAACCACGCAUGAUUCGACCGAGACAGCGCAAGUCGCCCCAGCCAGGUUCACGGGAACUGAAGAUAUUGUGAUGCACAUUGACGAGCUCUUCACAUCCCUGAAAGCGACGCCUCUGCAGCGGCCCCCAUCAACCAUAGCAUAUAUAACAGGGUUCGUGGCGAGAGCAGUUGAGGAGUGGAGAACACACAGAUUCUGCCCUCCCGUCCACCAGUGGGAUAGACCCAGCCCCGUGCUGAUGGGGCUUAUUGACCUGCAAUCAAGGGGUGGGCUCACAUUCCCAAAGUCAGAAUUUGUCACGGUCCUUGUGUCCGUAAAGAAGGCUGUUGACAUUGCCCUGCCGCACAUAAAAAAGAGCAACGUGCGUCAGCAGCUGGCUGAACUGUUAUUGCCUCGACUAGAGCAGUGCCCCCUUUUCGUUUGCCCAGCAAGGGAUGACCACGCCGCAAGCAUACUAUCUGUAGUGUUUGAUAAGUUCAUGAGGCCACUCUUAGCCAACGUCGGCGCUACUGUGACAGACAGGGCUGCUUACCGCGAAAAGCUCGCCUGAAAGCCACUGCACAGGAAAGUGCUCCGUGUUUAAAAUAAACACAAUGUAAAAACGGAUGCCGAACAGUAUGGCUCCGAUUUUGUCUUUGUAAAUAAAAUGUCAUUUAU